AUGUCUCACCACAGUUCGUCCGACACGUCGCCGACGGGCGCCCAGCCCGUGACGGAGGACUCGAUCAAGUUUCUUGAGCACCAUUUGGAAAGGCGGCCCGUUGCCAAGCGCGCCUGUCUGGCGUGCAGAGAGAAGAAAAUCAAGUGUGACGGAGAAGUCCAGCUCGACGCCAGUGGGAACAACAAGAGCUACGAGAAGUGCACGAAUUGCGUCCAGGCGGGGAUAGAGUGUGUGUUUGUGCCCAGCCGACGUGGUGGACGGCGCAGAAAGGAGUACUCGACCGACUCCAGAACGGCUCCUCAGUCGGUCACCUCAUCCUCGGUCAACGACGAGGGCAGUUUCAAGCGACACCAUUUCGACCCGUCCAAGCGGUUUGGCAACUUCGGUGCGCCCGACGCACAUCCAGACAUGUUUGGACGCCACCGCCACCACCCGGGUCCGGGCAGGUUUGGGUCUGGCUCCAACUACCUGCCUCCACCCUUUGCUCGGUACGAGGAGUCGGGCAAGCGCGGCGACAAGCACGGGUUUGGCUACGACAAGCGCGACCCCAAGGCCAUGUAUUACCAGGAGCCGUACUUCUACUACGACGAUCACCACCUUCCAGCACCAACGUUACUCCCACCUCCUCCUCCUCCUGGACUGGGGCUGCCUCCACCACCUCCUCCACUGGGUUUUCCUCCGCCCCCUGGUGCGUUCCUGCCUCACCACCGAUUCCACAGAAUGCGGCACCACCACCACCGCCACCCGCACAUGCACCACGACUGGUUCCACCACCAUGGCUACGGGUUCCCGUAUCCUCCUCCAUCCCCGGGGAUGCAUUCGCCGUACCCGUACUCCGACAACGAGAGCCGCAUGUCGAGCUCUUUCUCGGGACCAGGCGGCUUGAAACGCCCAGCCAUGUCGUCGGUGGCCCCCUCGAGCCCGACGCGGAUCGACGACAAUGCGUCAAAACACUCUUCUAGCACCGAGGACUGGGUCAAGAAGCAGAAACAGUACCACGAAAAUGAAACCAGCAACGACGACGACAUGAGCGCUUCUGGUUCGCCGCAGCCGUCGUCCGAGUCCCCGCUGAUUCUGAAACCCUCGUUCACCGAACCAGAGCUUGCCCGACUGGGGCUCCCGCCUUGGAAAACCAUCUACACGGUGAUCCAGUUGUUCUACAAGUACGUCCAUAUUGCGUACCAGAUGCUGCCGAACCUGACGCUGUUUGUGGACCGUCUCUCGCUCACGGACGAAGACGUGGCCAUGAUCUGUAUCAUCUUCCGCAUAGCUGCCCGAUACAUGAACCUGAACGAGGUGGACAACAAACUGUUUUUGGACGACCAUUAUUGGGCCCAGCAGUGCGAAAAGUACUACCAGAGCUUGUCAAUCCGGUCAGAACUGCUGCUCCAGACAAUGACCUGCGACAGCGGCGACGACGACCAGCUGCUACGCUGCUACAGUCUGAUCAAGGUGGCCGGAUACCUGGAAGUUUACAAAGCAAAGACAAACAGCGAGUACGCAGAGAUGCUCGAGUUUGCAACCGAAAAACAGCUCACCGACCGCGAAUGUACUAUACGAGCUAUCUGGAACGUUUACAAGUUCCAAACUUUCCGCAGACUCAACUUUGGAUAUCCGUACAGGCACAAGGGGUAUCUCAAGUUCCCCGGACAGCUGGAGUUCCCGAUGGAGGACAUGGCGUACUACCGGUCGUCCAAGUGGCCGCGACUGUUUAAGAAGACUUUUAAGAAGGUGUUGUCGUUUUCGCAGGUGAACGUGAACGAUUUGUCUACAGAGACGAUUCCAAACUCCGUGCUGGCCAUCUUGUCGUGUUAUUUCUUCGACGAGAUCAUGGACAGCAUCUACGGCAACGCGUUGUUGCCCGAGAACGUGGUCAAGUACGACUCGCAGCUCAACAAGAUGGCCUCGUUGCCCGAGUUCAAGCCGUACACGGUGGAAAACAACCACAUACUGGUGGACGGCAACGUGCUGCUGUCCAAUUUCAUCAACAACCUGUCGCUCAUUACGCUGCACUCGUCCAUUUGCUGGUCCCUGCUGCCGUUCCGCCCAAAAGACGACACUAAUAGCCCGAGCCCGCUGCUGCUGAUGAACGAGUUCCCGUCUCCGUUCCCCGACCAGGUCGAGUCCAGCACGGACGAGCGUCUGUGGCGGUCGCUGGUGGUGUGUCUCAAGGCGUCGUGCGCGAUUGCGUCGCUGAUCCAGCUCGGCGAAGGCAUCUGUGCUGAGUCGCUCAGCAUGAACACCAUCUUGCCCGUCAGCGUGGGGCCGUUUUCUACAAGCGACAAGGAGGACUGCUACAGCACAGACGAUAAGGUUGUGGCCACUUCGUCGGUGCAACCCACCACAGAGCCCUGGGUGCAGUAUCCGUCGUUCUGCACGGUGAGUACCUGCCAAGCAGUUCCGAUCCUGUGCUCCGGAAUAUUCCUGCUGUCUAAACACGAGAUCCGCAUCGAAAAAUUACAGCACGGGUGCAGGGUUUCUGUGCUUGUGGCGGAUGAGGCUAUUGCAUCGUGGGAGACAGAUGCAGAUACUGGGGAAUUUAUCUCGGAAAAAUGGCGCAAAAACUAUCUUUUGGAUAAAUUGCGGCUGCUGAGCAAAUUCCUGGCCACAACAGCACGGUUCUCUGCAAAUGUCACCUUGGCCAGCACAACAACCGACCAGCUGAUCCAGCGGCUGUGCAACAACCCUCGCGACGAAUGA